AUGAAGAGACCAAUAAAGGCCAGAGCUCAAGAACACCAACCCAGAUCCAAGGCUUCUGCUCUAUCCUUCAGCCAUGAAGCUCCUCUUUCCUCUCGUCACCAGCCUCAUGCUGCAGUAUCAGGUGAAAUCAGAAUUUUUGACUGUGAAAAAAUGUUUAAUAGGCUUUGGGAAAUGCAAAGACAGCUGCCUCGUUGGGGAAACCGAGAUACAGAAAUGCAAAUCCAAAAAAUGCUGUGUUGGCCCCAAAGUGAUUGAACUGAUUAAAAGGUACCUUCGACAUGAAAUACCCCACAUACCGGACAACGACAUGGUGGAGAUGCUGAAGAGUGAAAAUAAACCCAGAGAAGAGAUGCAAAGAAAACACACCUUUGCCCUACUCUCCCAAAUCCAAGAUGCCAACCCUUUGCUCAGUAUCAACUCUGCCAUUGUCCCAAAUGCCUCCCCUCUGAAAUCCGUCACCUCCAGGACCGGGAGACAUGGCUUGGGCGGUACUGUUCCCACCAAGGGGCACACAAAACAAAUCAGGGAUUCUGCCAAUGCUGCCCCUUGGCCCCAACCUGGACCACCAUAGACAUGGCCAGCACCCUCCAUAACAGCAGGGAAGCAGAUGAGCAGGGAAGUGAGUCUUCCUCCUAGAGUGUCAGGCUCUUCUCUACCCCCAUAGGCAUUAAAAUAAGACAUAACUGUUCUGCCAACAGACAGGUAAUAAACACUGUUAAGUCAUUUCCA